UUGGAAGAGAAGAGAGAGUAGUAGGCUACAGUUUCAGUCAGAGGUGAAAAUCUGAAAGCAAAGCAGAGAGCUCCCUUCUCCUCGGCGAGGAGGAAGGAAGAAGAAAGCCAGAGAGAGAGAGAGAGAGAGAGUCGCAGCUUCCCCUCCGACCAUUUGACUGCGACUGUGACUACAACACACCGUUGAUCCUACAAAAAGAGGGAAUGGAUACUGGCGGCAAUUCGCUGGCGUCCGGACCUGAUGGUGUGAAGAGGAAAGUUUGUUAUUUCUAUGACCCUGAGGUCGGCAAUUACUACUAUGGCCAAGGUCACCCCAUGAAGCCCCAUCGCAUCCGCAUGACCCAUGCCCUUCUCGCUCACUACGGUCUCCUUCAGCAUAUGCAGGUUCUCAAGCCCUUCCCUGCCCGCGACCGUGAUCUCUGCCGCUUCCACGCCGACGACUACGUCUCCUUUCUCCGCAGCAUUACCCCUGAAACCCAGCAAGAUCAGAUUCGCCAACUCAAGCGCUUCAAUGUUGGUGAAGACUGUCCCGUCUUUGACGGCCUUUAUUCCUUUUGCCAGACCUAUGCUGGGGGCUCUGUUGGUGGCUCUGUCAAGCUAAACCACGGCCUCUGCGAUAUUGCCAUCAACUGGGCUGGUGGUCUCCAUCAUGCUAAGAAGUGCGAGGCCUCUGGCUUCUGUUACGUCAAUGAUAUCGUCUUAGCUAUCCUAGAGCUCCUUAAGCAGCAUGAGCGUGUUCUUUAUGUCGAUAUUGAUAUCCACCACGGGGAUGGAGUGGAGGAGGCAUUUUAUGCUACUGACAGGGUUAUGACUGUCUCGUUCCAUAAAUUUGGUGAUUACUUUCCCGGUACAGGUCACAUACAGGAUAUAGGUUAUGGUAACGGAAAGUACUAUUCUCUCAAUGUACCACUGGAUGAUGGAAUUGAUGAUGAGAGCUAUCAUCUGUUAUUCAAGCCCAUCAUGGGGAAAGUUAUGGAAGUUUUCCGACCAGGGGCUGUGGUAUUGCAGUGCGGUGCUGAUUCAUUGUCUGGUGAUAGGUUGGGGUGCUUUAAUCUUUCGAUCAAAGGUCAUGCUGAGUGCGUCAAAUUUAUGAGAUCGUUCAAUGUUCCCCUACUGCUCUUGGGUGGUGGUGGUUACACCAUCCGCAAUGUUGCCCGUUGCUGGUGCUACGAGACUGGAGUUGCACUUGGUGUUGAAGUUGAAGAUAAGAUGCCGGAGCAUGAAUAUUAUGAAUAUUUUGGUCCAGACUAUACACUUCACGUUGCUCCAAGUAACAUGGAAAAUAAGAAUUCUCGUCAGAUGCUUGAAGAGAUUCGCAAUGACCUUCUCCACAAUCUCUCUAAGCUUCAGCAUGCUCCAAGUGUGCCAUUCCAGGAAAGACCACCAGAUACAGAGGCUCCCGAGGUUGAUGAAGACCAAGAAGAUGGAGAUAAAAGAUGGGAUCCGGAUUCAGACAUGGAUGUAGAUGAUGACCGUAAACCUAUACCAAGCAGAGUAAAAAGAGAAGCUGUUGAACCAGAUACAAAGGACAAGGAUGGACUGAAAGGAGUUAUGGAGCGUGGCAAAGGUUGUGAGGUGGGGGUGGAUGAGAGUGGAAGCAGUAAGGUUACAGGAGUGAACCCAGUGGGAAUGGAGGAAGCAAGUGUGAAAAUGGAAGAGGAAGGAACAAACAAGGGUGGGGCGGACCAGGUGUUUCCUAAAAUAUAAGACUUGGAGCUUCUAAUUUCUUGCUACUUUUCCGUCUCUCAAAUGUUUUUAGUUAAGUUUCUGGAGUUGUUGUUGUAAGCACUCUUGUGUUUUUGAGGAUUGAUUGAGCACGGACGAUAUGUAUUUAUUCGUUGCAUGUCUGAAUGAUGAUAUGACAAGACGAGAUAUGCCUUUUGCUAUA